AUUUUUUAAACUUGAUCGAGGCGGGUUGUCGAGGCGGACAAAGAGCACACACACAAAAUAUUAUACUUGAUAUUGCCUGCAUUUGAAAUUUUUUUGGGUGACAGCAAACGAGAAGAAAUAGGAGGCGAUAGUGCAUGUUUGUUCAAAAGAAGGAGUGCAAAAGAAACGACAACAACAAACACACAAAGCUUGAGUGGAGAGUUUAGAGUGUCCCAAAAGCAGCAGUAACAAACAACAAUAUGGCAGGACCGAUCAGGCCCUAGCCCAUACGGUUAUUUCCUUCCAAAAAAAUAAUAUCAAACCACAAGGAAAAAAGCCGAAAGGAAAACCCAAAAGAAAAACAGCAAAUUAUUCGCGAGUGUGUGCGUGUAACGGUGUGUGCGUCUCUCUCUCUCUGUCCGUGUGUGUGCGUGCGUGUAAUCGUCGGGAGAGAGCGCGGAAAGGAGCGUCCUCGUGUCCGUUGAAGAAUUUGAAUUUCGUUUCCCUGCAGCAAACAUAUUUGCCACUAUUCUUGGUUAUUUUUUGUUAAUAUUUUUUUUGCGUGGAAAUGUCGCCGUCGCUGUUGUCGUCGUUGACGUCUCUGCAAGCGUCGGCGUUGUCGGGAGCGCGACUCUUUUCAAAUGUUCUGCCCGCCUGGCUCUUAAAUACAUAGAAAGAGGCGAAGGAGAGACGGGGGAAAAGGUGCAACAUUAACUAACGAGAUUUGAAAGAAAAAAACAACAAUAUAUAAAGUGCAACAACAUAAUAAGCAAUCAAAACGAACUGCAACAAAACACACAGCAAACACACACAUACAAAUACAAAAAGAAUCGGGCAAAGCUAAGAAACGGCAACUGGAAGGAAUACUAAUACUGAAAAACUGGAUUACAAUGCAUUUGCAGCGCAGCAGACAGCGCAGUCGCGCAUUCACUUGGAUUAACAAAAUGUUCGCUCUGCCGCUGCUGACGCUGACGCUGAUGCUGGCGUUUGCAAAUUUGCCCAGCAGCGUCCAAGGAACGGAUACCGCGCUAAUGGCCCGAUCCUGCACACAUAUGGGCUGCCAGAAUGGCGGCACUUGCGUUACACAAAACAAUGGAAAAUCCUAUUGCGCUUGCGAUUCACGCUAUGUUGGCGACUACUGCGAAUACCGCAAUCCAUGCUCGACGGUUCGCUGCCAGAAUGGCGGCACCUGUCAGAAGACCUUCGGCAAUGGCGGCAUCUCGCCCGGCUUCUCCUGCAAGUGUCCGCUUGGCUUUAACGAGUCGCUCUGCGAGAUUGCGGUGCCGAAUGCCUGCGAUCAGCAUCGUUGCUACAACGGCGGCACCUGCCAGCUGAAGACCCUACAGGAGGCCACGUGCGCCUGCGCCAACGGCUAUACGGGGGAUCACUGCGAAACGAAGAAUCUGUGCGCCAGUUCGCCCUGUCGCAAUGGUGCCACCUGCACGGCUCUGGCCGGCAGCAGUAGCUUCACAUGCACCUGUCCGCCUGGCUUUAUGGGACGCACAUGCGCCGAGGAUGUUGAGGAGUGCCAAUCGAAUCCGUGCAAGUAUGGCGGCACCUGUCAAAAUACACAUGGAUCCUACAACUGCGUGUGUCCCACGGGCUACAAGGGCAAGGACUGCGAUGAGAAGUACAAGCCCUGCAAUCCAUCGCCCUGCCAGAACGGCGGCAAUUGUCGCUCCAAUGGCCUGUCCUACGACUGCAAAUGUACCACAGGCUUCGAGGGCAAGAACUGCGACCAGAAUAUCGAUGACUGCUCGGGGAACAUGUGCCAGAAUGGGGCGACCUGCAUCGACGGCAUCAAUGACUAUCGAUGCAGCUGUCCGCCAAAUUUCACCGGCAGAUACUGCGAGGACGAUGUGGACGAGUGCGCCCAGCGUCCGGCUGUGUGCCAGAACGGAGCGACCUGCACGAACACCCACGGAUCGUACAGCUGCAUCUGCGUAAAUGGCUGGGCCGGCUCUGAUUGCAGCGAGAACAUCGACGACUGUGUGCAGGCAGCCUGCUUCUACGGUGCGACAUGCAUCGAUGGCGUCGGCAGCUUCUACUGCCAGUGCACCAAGGGCAAGACGGGGCUGCUGUGCCACCUGGACGAUGCCUGCACCUCGAAUCCAUGCCAUGCGGACGCCAUCUGUGACACAUCGCCGAUCAAUGGAUCUUAUGCCUGCUCGUGUGCCACCGGCUACAAGGGCGUCGACUGUUCCGAGGACAUUGACGAGUGUGACCAGGGUUCGCCGUGCGAACAUAACGGCAUCUGUGUGAACACGCCCGGCAGUUAUCGCUGCAAUUGUUCGCAAGGCUUCACGGGUCCCCGCUGCGAGACGAACAUCAACGAGUGCGAGUCGCAUCCGUGCCAGAACGAGGGCAGCUGCCUGGACGAUCCGGGCACCUUCCGGUGCGUCUGCAUGCCGGGCUUCACGGGCACGCAGUGCGAGAUCGACAUUGACGAGUGCCAGUCCAGUCCCUGCCUGAACGACGGUACCUGCCACGACAAGAUCAACGACUUUACGUGCAGCUGCGCCCUUGGCUUCACGGGCGCCCGCUGCCAGAUCAACAUCGACGACUGCCAGUCGCAGCCGUGCCGAAAUCGGGGCAUCUGCCACGAUUCCAUAGCCGGCUACAGUUGCGAGUGUCCGCCGGGCUACACCGGCACCAGCUGCGAGAUAAACAUCAACGACUGCGACUCGAAUCCGUGCCAUCGCGGCAAGUGCAUCGAUGGCAACAACAGCUUCACCUGCCUCUGCGAUCCCGGCUUCUCGGGCUACAGCUGCCAGACGCAGAUCAACGAGUGCGAAUCGAAUCCCUGCCAGUUCGAUGGCCACUGCCAGGACCGUGUGGGCAGCUACGUCUGCCACUGCCAGCCGGGAACGAGCGGCAAGAAUUGCGAGAUCAAUGUGAACGAGUGCCACAGCAAUCCGUGCAACAACGGCGCCACCUGCAUCGAUGGCAUCAACUCGUACAGCUGCCAGUGUGUGCCCGGCUUUACGGGUCAGCACUGCGAGAAGAAUGUGGACGAGUGCAUCAGCAGUCCGUGCGCAAACAAUGGCGUCUGCAUUGACCAGGUGAAUGGCUACAAGUGCGAGUGCCCGAGGGGUUUCUACGAUGCCCACUGCCUCAGCGAUGUGGACGAGUGCGCGUCGAAUCCGUGCGUGAACGGUGCUCGCUGCGAGGACGGCAUCAACGAGUACAUCUGCCACUGCCCGCCAGGCUACAAUGGCAAGCGCUGCGAGACGGACAUCGACGAGUGCAGCAGCAAUCCGUGCCAGCACGGCGGCACCUGCUACGACAAGCUGAACGCCUUCACCUGCCAGUGCAUGCCCGGCUAUACGGGUCAAAAAUGCGAAACAAACAUCGACGAUUGUGUGACGAAUCCGUGCGGCAAUGGCGGCACCUGCAUCGACAAGGUCAACGGCUACAAGUGCGUCUGCCGUGUGCCCUUCACGGGACGCGACUGCGAGAGCAAGCUGGAUCCAUGCGCCAGCAAUCGCUGCCGCAACGAGGCGAAGUGCACGCCCAGCUCGAACUUCCUGGACUUUGCCUGCACCUGCAAGCUCGGCUACACCGGACGCUACUGUGACGAGGACAUUGACGAGUGCGCCCUCAGUUCGCCGUGCCGCAACGGCGCCAGCUGCCUGAAUGUGCCCGGCUCCUACAAGUGCCUCUGCACGAAGGGCUACGAGGGACGCGAUUGCGCUAUCAAUACGGAUGACUGCGCCUCGUUCCCCUGCCAGAAUGGCGGCACCUGCCUGGACGGCAUCGGCGACUACACCUGCCUGUGCGUGGACGGAUUUGAUGGCAAACACUGCGAGACGGACAUCAACGAGUGCCUCAGCCAGCCCUGCCAGAACGGAGCGACAUGCAGCCAGUACGUGAACAGCUACACGUGCACCUGUCCGCUGGGCUUCAGCGGCAUCAAUUGCCAGACGAACGAUGAGGAUUGCACGGACAGCUCCUGCCUGAAUGGCGGCAGUUGCAUCGAUGGCAUCAAUGGCUACAACUGCAGCUGUCUGUCCGGCUUCUCGGGCGCCAACUGCCAAUACAAAUUGAACAAAUGCGACUCGUCGCCCUGCCUGAACGGUGCAACGUGCCACGAGCAGCGGGACGAGUAUACCUGCCACUGCCCCAGCGGCUAUACGGGCAAGCAGUGCGGCGACUAUGUGGACUGGUGUGGUCAGUCGCCGUGCGAGAACGGUGCCACCUGCAGCCAGAUGAAGCAUCAGUUCAGCUGCAAGUGCUCCUCCGGCUGGACGGGCAAGCUGUGCGAUGUGCAGACCAUCUCCUGCCAGGAUGCCGCCGAACGCAAGGGCCUCAGUCUGCGGCAGUUGUGCAACAAUGGCACGUGCAAGGAUCAUGGCAACAGUCACGUGUGCUACUGCUCGCAGGGCUAUGCCGGCAGCUACUGCCAGCAGGAGAUCGACGAGUGCGCCUCACAGCCCUGCCAGAAUGGCGGCACAUGCCGCGAUCUGAUUGGUGCCUACGAAUGCAAUUGCCGCCAGGGAUUUCAGGGACAGAAUUGCGAACUGAAUAUCGACGAUUGUGCACCGAAUCCGUGCCAGAAUGGCGGCACCUGCCACGAUCUGGUCAAAGACUUCAGCUGCAGCUGUCCGCCCGGCACGUUGGGCAUCAUUUGUGAGAUCAAUCAGGAGGACUGUGUGCCCGGUGCCUGCCACAACAAUGGCAGCUGCAUCGACCGUGUCGGUGGCUUUGAGUGCGUCUGUCCGCCCGGCUUUGUGGGUGCCCGCUGCGAGGGUGACAUCAACGAGUGCCUCAGCAAUCCCUGCUCCAAUGCAGGAACCCUCGACUGUGUCCAGCUGGUCAACAACUAUCACUGCAACUGCCGGCCGGGCCACAUGGGUCGCCACUGUGAGCACAAGGUUGACUUCUGUGCCCACAGCCCCUGCCAGAAUGGCGGCAACUGCAACAUUCGGCAGAGCGGACAUCAUUGCAUCUGCAACAAUGGUUUCUACGGCAAGAACUGUGAGCUGAGCGGCCAGGACUGUGACUCGAAUCCGUGCCUCGUCGGCAACUGUGUGGUGGAUGACGAUGGCUUUGGCUAUCGCUGCGAGUGCCCGCGCGGCACCACCGGCGAACACUGCGAGGUGGACACACUGGACGAGUGUCAGCCGAAUCCCUGCCAGCAGGGUGCCGCCUGUGACAAUCUGCUCGGCGACUAUGACUGCCUCUGCCCGAGUCGGUGGAAGGGCAAGCGCUGCCACGUGUACGAUCCCAGCUAUCCAGGCUGGGGCGGUUCCGGCAGCUCCAGCAGCGGCCUCGAUCGCUAUGCCGCCGAUCUUGAGCAGCAGCGGGCCAUGUGCCGGCAGCGUGGCUGCCAGGAGAAGCAGGGCAAUGGCAUCUGCGAUGCCGAAUGCAACAGUUAUGCGUGCAACUUUGAUGGCAACGACUGCUCGCUGGGCAUCAAUCCGUGGGCCAAUUGCACCGGACCCGAGUGCUGGAACGUCUUCAAGAAUGGCAAGUGCAACGAGGAGUGCAACAAUGUGGCCUGCCACUUCGAUGGCCACGACUGCGAGCGCAAGCUGAAGAGCUGCAACUUCGUCUACGAUGCCUACUGCCAGAAGCACUAUGGCGACGGCGUCUGCGACUACUACUGCAACAAUGCCGAGUGCAGCUGGGACGGCUUGGAUUGUGAGAACAAGACACAGUCGCCGCAGCUGGCCGAAGGUGCCAUGUCUGUGGUCAUGCUGAUGGAUGUCGAGCAAUUUCGAUCGCUUCAGGCACAAUUUUUGCGCAACAUGAGCCACAUGCUGCGGACGACGGUGCGCAUGAAGAAGGAUUCGCUCGGCCGGGACAUGAUCAUCAAUUGGAAGGACACGGUGCGCAUGCCCGAAAUAGAGGACACCGAAUUUGCGCGCAAGAACAAGAUUCUGUACACAUCGCAGGGCUACAAGACGGGCAUUCAGAUCUACUUGGAGAUUGACAAUCGCAAGUGCACGGAAUGCUUCCAGCAUGCAGCGGAGGCGGCCGAGUUCCUUGCCGCCACAGCGGCCAAGCAUCAGAUAAAUGCAUUCCCCAUCCACAGUGUGCGCGGUGUACAGAGCCCCGGCGAUGAUGAUGGCGGGGAGCCGCCAGCGAAUGUCAAGUAUGUGAUUGCGGGCAUCAUUCUGGUCAUCAUUGUGCUGGCAUUCUUUGGCAUGGUCCUCAGCACGCAGCGAAAGCGUGCCCAUGGGGUCACAUGGUUCCCGGAGGGUUUCCGCGCACCGGCGGCCGUCAUGUCACGUCGUCGUCGCGAUCCCCAUGGCCAGGAGAUGCGAAAUCUGAACAAGCAGGUGGCCCUGCAGAGCCAGGGUGUGGGCCAGCCGGGCGGGCAUUGGUCGGACGAUGAGUCCGAUAUGCCGCUGCCCAAGCGACAGCGCAGCGAUCCCGUUUCCGUUGUGGGUCUGGGCAACAAUGGUGGCUAUGCCAGCGAUCAUACGAUGGUCAGCGAUUACGAGGAGGCCGACCAGCGGGUCUGGUCCCAGGCCCAUCUGGAUGUGGCCGAUGUGCGUGCAAUUAUGACGCCGCCGGCGCAUCAGGAUGGCGGCAAGCACGAUGUGGAUGCGCGCGGACCCUGCGGCCUUACACCGCUGAUGAUUGUGGCAGUGCGCGGCGGCGGCCUGGACAGCGGCGAGGACAUUGAGAACAAUGAUGACAGCACCGCUCAGGUGAUAUCCGAUCUGUUGGCUCAGGGCGCCCAACUGGACGCCACCAUGGACAAGACGGGCGAGACGUCGCUGCAUUUGGCCGCUCGCUAUGCUCGGGCGGAUGCCGCCAAGCGACUGCUCGACGCUGGCGCUGAUGCCAAUUGUCAGGACAACACGGGCAGGACGCCACUGCAUGCCGCUGUGGCUGCCGAUGCCAUGGGCGUAUUCCAGAUACUGCUACGGAAUAGGGCAACCAAUUUGAAUGCACGCAUGCACGACGGGACCACACCGCUGAUCCUCGCUGCGAGACUGGCCAUCGAGGGCAUGGUCGAGGAUCUGAUUACCGCCGAUGCGGAUAUCAAUGCGGCGGACAAUUCGGGCAAGACGGCGCUGCAUUGGGCCGCUGCCGUUAAUAACACGGAGGCGGUGAACAUUCUGCUGAUGCAUCACGCCAAUCGCGAUGCACAGGACGAUAAGGAUGAGACGCCGCUGUUCCUGGCCGCCCGCGAGGGCAGCUACGAGGCGUGCAAGGCGCUGCUGGAUAACUUUGCCAAUCGCGAGAUCACCGAUCACAUGGACCGACUGCCACGGGACGUGGCCAGCGAGCGGCUGCAUCAUGACAUUGUCCGGCUGCUGGAUGAGCAUGUGCCACGCUCGCCCCAGAUGCUCAGCAUGACGCCACAGGCGAUGAUCGGCUCACCGCCGCCGGGCCAACAGCCGCAGCUGAUUACACAGCCGACGGUGAUAUCGGCUGGUGGUGGAGCGGGCAAUGGGGCUGGCAAGCAGAGCAAUCAAACGGCCAAACAGAAGGCCGCCAAGAAGGCGAAACUUAUCGAGGGCAGCAGUCCCGACAAUGGCCUCGACGCGGCCGGCAGUCUCAGGCGGAAGGCCAGCUCAAAAAAGACAAAUGCGGCCUCAAAAAAGGGAGCCAUGAACGGCACGAGCCUCAAUCCCGUGCAGCUAAUGAGUGGCUCGACGACGGGUGCGGGCUCCGGUGCGGGAACGGGUGCGGGUGCAGGUGCGGGCGCGGGCGCGGGUGCGCCAAACCAGCCGCCACAGCCCACGUCGCUGCUGUCGUCAGCGGGAGGGGGGAGUGUGAUGGCCUCGGAGCUGGAUGCCUCCUCGCCGCUGGGUGUGGGCGUCAACGGGAUGAACGGGAAUCUGCCCAGCCCGUACGACACCAAUUCGAUGUACUCGAAUGCCAUGGCCGCGCCCCAGCCCAACGGUCCCAAUGGGGCCAAACAGCCGCCGAGCUAUGAGGAUUGCAUUAAGAAUGCACAGUCGCUGCAAUCACUGCCACCUGGCAAUGGCCUGGACAUGAUCAAGCUGGACAAUUAUGGCUACUCGAUGGGUUCGCCAUUUCAGCAGGAGCUGCUCAACAAUGGCCAGGGACUCCAGGGAAUGAAUGGCAAUGGUGGAGGGAAUGGUAAUGGGAUUAUCGGUGGCAAUCGCAAUGGAAGUGGAAUGUGCGGCCUCGUUGGUGGCCUGACGGGUGCCGGAGGUGGCAACAGCAACAGCCAUGAGCAGGGACUCAGUCCACCUUAUUCGAAUCAAUCGCCGCCGCAUUCCGUGCAAAGCAGUCUGGCCCUGUCGCCGCAUGCCUACUUGGGCUCUCCAUCGCCAGCUAAAUCGCGUCCUAGUUUGCCCACAUCGCCAACGCACAUACAGGCAAUGCGUCAUGCCACACAGCAGAAGCAGUUCGGUGGCAGCAAUCUGAAUAGCUUGCUGGGCGGCGGCCAGGUUGGGCCACAGAGCUCACCAGUUAGUCUGGGCAUCAUAUCGCCCACGGGCAGCGAUAUGGGCAUUAUGCUCGCCCCGCCACAAUCAUCCAAGGGCAGUGCAAUAAUGCAGACGCUAUCCCCACAGCAACAGCAACAGCAGCAGCAGCAGCAGCAACAACAUCAGCAACAGCAGCAGCAACAGCAACAACAGCAGCAGCAGCAGCAGCAGCAACAGCAGCAGCAGCAGCAGAUUGGAGGCCUGGAAUUCGGUUCAGCAGGUUUGGACUUGAAUGGAUUUUGUGGAUCUCCGGACUCAUUUCACUCGGGUCAAAUGAAUCCGCCUUCGAUACAAAGUUCAAUGUCUGGCUCAUCGCCAUCGACCAAUAUGCUGUCGCCGUCGUCGCAGCAUAAUCAGGCAUUCUAUCAGUACCUAACGCCGCCCAGUCAGCAUUCGGGCGGUCAUACGCCGCAGCAUCUCGUCCAGACAUUGGACAGUUAUCCCACACCCUCACCGGAGUCGCCCGGCCACUGGUCCUCAUCGUCGCCACGUUCGAAUUCGGACUGGUCCGAGGGCGUGCAAUCGCCGGCGGCCAACAAUCUGUACAUCUCGGGUGGCCAUCAGGCCAACAAGGGAUCCGAGGCCAUCUACAUUUGACGAUCAUAGACGAGUGCCGACUGACGCCUGAAUGCCUGAAUGCCGCCCGACUGCGGAAUCGAACGGUGGUGCAUGCGACUCUUAAAGAGUCACCUGGGACUACGUUCUACAUUUACACAUAAACAAUAACAAAAACAAACAAAAAGGGGAGCUAAACAAUUUUAAUACUUUUUUUUUUUACGAAAGCGCUCUCUUUUUUUUUAAUUGUCUGUUUAGGGUUUAAGUUUUAAUCGAGAAAUACAGCGCGAGCAUGAGAGAAAAUGGGAACGUAAUAAUUUGUAAUAAUUUAAAUGAUAUUUUUUAAUUGAUUGUUGUACAGUGCGCGUUGAAAUCGAAUGAUCUAGAUCGCAUAUCUACCCAUAUUAAAUGUAGAUAUCUUUUAACCCAAUGCUUAGGAUACAUUACAAAUAUAUGUAGACUCGUAAGAGGUCGUUUUUUGUGGCGCAUUUGAUUUGUCGUACCGUCAUCGUCGUCGCUUCCAGUAACACAAAACAAAAACCUAAAACAUAAAACAUAAA